CAUUGUCGUUAUUUUUUCUUUCUUUCUUUCUUUAAUGUACUCAAACGAUGAGCCCUCGGUGUUUGUGUGUGCCAACCCAUUCAACAUUCCAGCCAGAUUACUCUCUGGAAAGGGUAGACAACUUGGUGUAUAUACAUCAAGUGCAAUGAUUGCAUGUGGUUGGUGGUGCUUUUUGGAUGCUGUGAUUCAGUCUAGUUCAGUUGUGGGUGCGACUCCAAUGGGAUUUGAGGAUUGGUUUUCUGGAAUACUGACAACGUUUGGAAUGAUUGUAGUGAAUAUGAUUGAUAAGUCCAGGCUUUAUGGAGAAGCUUCUCAGUAUGAUAGUGUUGCUUGGAAGGCUCGCUUAUUUCUGUUUAUGGGAUUUGCACUUAUGGCUGGAGGAUUGGCUGGAUCUAUUUGCACGUUAAUUCUCAAGUAUGUUAUCCAUUUGGAUUCGACUGACAUUUACUUUGGAGUAGCUGGAGUGAUUCAGAAUUCGUUGAUUAUGCUGAGUGCUAUGGUAUUAUGGAUGGCACAGAGCGCGCAGGGAGAAUUUGUAUACAAUGUUCAACUCUAAGAGUAUGUUUUCUUCUUCUUCUUUAUACUAUACUAUACUAUACUUUAUAUACGUAUCUUUCUCUUCUUUAAACAAAAAUCAUAUAUAAAAAAAAAAGAAAGACUCGUACAACC